AUUAUUUUAAUAAAUGAAUCCCAUUCGUGUCUAUCCACUCAAAUUUAAUAACCAAGAUUCUCUUGCCAUUUCUCCUGGUCUCAAAAAGAAGCAACAACCUUCCGAACGCACUCAUACUUUACAAUUAAAGUAAGGGGAUGCUUGUAUUUUAGUCCUUAACAAACCCCUUAGCAAAGUCGAAGCAAUCAAAAGAGACAUCCGACCACUGGGUUGACAUCUUAAGAAGAGAAAAUAAAGCUUGUAUGUCUAUAAAUUGCAUAUGUUCUAUUAGGUUACUUAAAAGAAAUUAUAAUUGCUAUAGCCAUCGAGUUAUUCGCCCAAGAAGAGAGUAAUCAGCAGCAACAAUGAGAAACCUGAACUCUCUAAAUUCUCCUACCAAUCAAGUGAAGUAUCAAUGAGAUUUUAAUGUAAGCCUCAGUCUCCAACCAAAUUACCAAAUUUAAAAAGAAGCGAAUCAUCUACAACAACCCAAGAAAUCUUAGCUAAAAUUGAUUUGAGUUUGGCUCAAAAGAGAAGCAAACGUACUGAUACUAGCAAUGCCGACAAUACACCUCAGGUAUGAAUGAAUCUUAAAGUCUUUAGAACAAGACCUCAUUUCUAAAAAUGUAUUAAGAUACAUCUCCUAAAAUUCGUUAAAUUUAAAGCCGAGUCAGCUCCUAAGCUAUAGAACAGGAUCUCAAAAUCAAACCUAGAAUGCCCUCUCAAGUGAUAAUGCUACAUGGAAGAUCAACAAGUCAAGCAGCCUUAGUAAAUUCCAAUCCUACAGAGAAUGAGGAAUUGCAAGAUUAUGUCUAAUUGUUUUUAUCAAAGUAAAAUUGGGAAUGUUAUCAUCAUUAGAUCUCAAGCAGGACAAAAUGGGAACAAGUAAACUAAAACCAAUUAGGAUUCAGUAAUAAUCUCGAAUAAUUUUUGUGGAAUGAAAAAUAGGUAAUCAAAUGUCAUUAUUGUGAUUUAAGAUAUUUAUUUUCGGUCUGUGAUGGACAUGGUGUGUAUGGACAUUAUGUUUCGCAAUUAGUAAAAAGAGUAUUGCCAACUAUAAUUGAAACAUAAUUGAAGACCUUUAUUGGAAAACAAGAAAUCGACAUCGGUGAAGAAUACUACACUGAAGUGGUCAAAUGUUUUAACAGUAGUUUCUAAAAGAUGACAAAGGAUCUAGUAAUUAAUUGUUAUUUAUACUUUUAAGUAAAAUUGCGGAAUUGACAUCACUUUUAGCGGUAGUACCUGUUCAACAGUGUUUGUUUCUGGUAACAAUUUAUGGUGCUCGAAUAUUGGCGAUUCAAGAUCUGUAUUUCUAUAUACUGAUUUUAGAUAUUUAUAGAACAACAUAGAGACUCUAAUAAGUGGAAGAUUGUUGAAUUGAGCAAUGAUCACAAACCUGAUCUGCCCACAGAGAAGAAGAGAAUCAUAGCAAGCAAAGGAAGAGUACAACCCUUUGUAACUGAAAAUGGCUAAAAUAUCGGUCCUGCCAGAGUGUGGCUUCUGCAUGAACAAAUACCUGGAUUAGCUAUGAGCAGAUCUUUUGGAGAUUAUGUUGCUUCUACUGUUGGUGUCAUCUCUGAACCGGAGGUCAUUUAUCAUAAGUUAAGUCAAAAAUGCGGGUUUUUGGUUGUGGCUAGUGAUGGAGUUUGGGAGUUCUUGAGUAAUGAGGAAAUUCAAUAAAUCAUUUGCAGUUAUUGGAGUCCUCAGAUGAAUGCCAAGAAGAUAGAUGAGAUGGUUGAAAAUAUUGUUAGAGAGUCUACUAAGAGAUGGUAAGAGGAGGACGAAGUAAUUGAUGAUAUUUCAGUCAUUAUUGCAUAUCUCUCGUGA